AUGUCUCAUACUUCACCAGUAGUUGUGGCUGAGGACCGGCAUGAUAGGAGGGUUUUGAUAGAAGGAACCAUCGGGUUCAUAGCGUUGGCCACCAUUAUGGCCGUCGCGAGAAUCUACACUCAAAUCAAGAUGAAGGGCAAGACGCAAGCGGAUGAUGGCAUGAUUAUUCUCGCUGUGAUCUUCCAAUGGGUAUGGGCUGGGAUGGUUAUUGCUGGCGUGGACUCGGGCGAUGGGCGCCACUCUGAUACUCUCAGUCCUGAGCGGCGAUACAAAGCGGUGGAGCUGUUCGUCUUUUCGACACUUCCAGGACUCCUGGGGCUUGCCCUUCCCAAACUUGCUGUCGUGGCUAUGGUUUGUCGGCUGCUGUUGCCUACUCAGUGGCACCGGGCAUUCCUCUGGUCUCUCGUGGUUUUCAACAUCAUUGUCUUCGUGGGCGUUGGAGUGCUCGUCAUGGUGCCCUGGUUCACUUACGCUCCACGCAACAUGUCGUGGGACCCAUGGUUGACCAUCCAUUACUACAUGGGUGCUGCAGCAUUCUCGGCCUUUGUUGACCUUUAUCUUGCUGUGUAUCCGACCGUGGUUCUUUUCAAGCUCAAUAUUUGCCUGAAGAAGAAGUUGUUACUGAGCGUUAUGCUUGGGUUUGGUGCUAUCGCCGCCGUGGUGUCCAUUAACAAGAACGCACGCUUGACCGUUCUAGCGAGCGCCGAUUGGACGUACGACACUGCGGAGCUGAUCAUCUGGACCAACAUCGAAGGAAGCGCCAUGAUCAUGGCAGCUUGCAUUCCAUUCCUGCAACCACUGUACUACAUUACCCUAGGUCGGCGUAGCAAGCAGAUUCCUGAGCCCAUGGCCAAAUCGGUUAGUGAUACGAACCCGGAUCCAGAAUUGGGUUCCAUCCAACCAUCGGACAGCCAAAAGUACGGUGUGCAGCCAAAUCCGCAGGAAGAGAAUCCCAAAUACAAGGUCAGCGCCAAAGCGAAAACCGUUUCAGUCAUUAGCAUUGUGGACCCGGAGAUCACGUUUCCUCCCAGUGCUGUCACAUCGCCUGUCACCGUGUAUCAUCCUCACAAUCCAGAGUACCAACGGGCCAGACGUGACAGCAUGGGUCGGUAG